AUUGAUUGUCUUGAUAUUGAUAAUUAUAUUAAUUUAAAGGGUAAACAAUAGGAGAAUGAACAUUGUUUUUGAAGUUUUAAGGAAAAGAAACUGAAUUUAUAGUAAGGGGAUUACAGUUAUUAGAAAUACUGUAAUGUAAGGAAUACUAAGGGAUAUUAAAGGGGAAUAAAGUGUUUAGAAUAAGAAAUAGUAAUGUUUAAGAAUAAGAAAUAGUAAAAGAGAAUACAGUGUAAGGAAUGAGUGAUAUUAAAAAGUGAAUAUACUUAAUAAUGAAUAAAUGGUAUUAACAUAGAUUAAAAUGUUAGGAAUAAGAGAUAUUUAAAGAGAAUACGAUGUAAAGAAUAAGGGAUUUUAGAAGACAAUACACUGAAUUGAAUAAGGGAUGUUAAUAUAGAAUACAGUGAAAGGAAUAAGAGUUGUUAAAAGACAGUGCAAUUAAAGGAUAAGGGAAUUAAAAGACAGUGUAAGGAAUAUAACAUAUUAAAGGAGAAUGCACUGAAAGGAAUUGGGGAUAAAACAUAAAGUGUAUGGAAUAAGGGAUUAUAGAGAGAAAACAGUAUGGAAUAAGCCAGGAUAUUAAAAGAGAAUAUUGGUUUGAAUAAGAAAUUUGGGAUGUAGAAGGAGAAAACAGUAUUGGAAUUAAGCGUAACACAUAAUUGAAUAAAUUGAAAGAAUAUAUAAAAGAAAUCAAGAGAUGUCACAACUUAGAAGAAGUAUGAAGUCUGUAAUGGGUGUUCUGCAAGGGAAAUGUAGUCCAAAGUUGGAAAGGAGGAAGGCCUCGGUGAAGGCGAAGAAGAUUUCACAGCCGAAACCCCUCGAGGUGUAUGUUGCAGUGUCGGACUAUAAGAAACAAGAGAAAGGGGAGGUCACUCUUAAAGCUGGCAUGCUUGUCGAGGUAGUAGAGAAGACAGAAACGGGUUGGUGGUUUGUUAAUGUAGAGGAUGAGCAAGGCUGGGUACCAAGCACUUGCCUAGAGAGAGAAGAUGGUUUGAAGGAGGAUUCCACUGUAAAAUUUGCCCCAGGAGAAGAGGAACAGUAUUUGUGUACGGAGGAAUUUAGAGCGGAAGGUGAAGAUGAAAUAUCCAUGGAAAGAGGAGCAGUUGUUGAUGUGAUAGAGAAGAAUCUGGAAGGCUGGUGGCUUGUAAGGUACAAUGGGCAAGAAGGCUAUGUCCCUGCAACAUUCCUGCUGAAAACUGAGUCAGUGAAAGUUGUCAAGAAAAAUAAACACAAUAAAGAGAAAAAUGACAAAGUGAAAAAUGACCGAUUAAGAAUUGAUACAGUGAAAAAUGAAGAGCCAAUGAAUAACAGGAUGACAAGUGGACCGGAGAUUGUUAAAUCUUUAAUGGAUAUCAGUGAUUUGCUCAAGGAAGAUUCCGAGACACCUUCCACUCUAGUUACACAGCCUUCGGUUUCACAAGUUGAGAGUGACGAUGAUAUAUUCGAUGAUGACGACGACGAUGAUUACAUCGUGCCACAAGAAGAAGAAAAUAUCUACAGCGUUCAGGAACUGAGUAAGAUUCUCCGAGAAGACAAGAAAGGAUGCGCGGAAACUAAUAAAGUAUAUGAAAGUAUACAGAAUAUGAAAUCCCGAUCGUUAAAGAGAUACGGAUCUACCCGGCCUCCUCCGAGACCUUCAAUAAAGCCAAGUCCGCUAGGUUUUAAUACACCAACCACCAAGAAACCUCCACUAGUACAUUCUGAGUCAUUCUGUACAGAUUACGUAACCAUAGCAGCAUUUUCUGAUGUUGUUGGGGACGGUAUCAGUUUCCAGGAAGGACAAAUUGUCAAGGUACUAGAGAAGAACGAGAAUGGCUGGUGGUAUAUAGAGAUAGAUGAGAAGGAAGGCUGGGCACCAGCUGCUUAUAUAGAACGAGCGGAACCAGCUGCUAACAGUGUACUUCCUGUUGUCAACAAGGCCAGGAUGUCUUCACCUUUAGCUGGCAAUCAGAAGAGUUCCUCACCAUCAAGAAGUAGAGAAGAUUUGACAAAUGGAGAUUCAGAUGAAAACAGCAGACGGACAUCCACUGUCGGUGAUUUAGCGAGUGCAAUCAAAAAUAAACUUUCUAAAGGAAAUAAACAACCACCCACUCCACCAAAGAAAGACUUCCUUACUGAUAAUGAUAUUAAGGAAGAAAAGAACAAAAGUGGACAUUUUGAGUCAGGAAAACUACAAAUUCCAGGCGGAUUUCAGUUACCAGGACAACACAUGGGAUUAAAGAAGGUUGCUGAUAGAAGUAGCCAGCCUCCACCCCCUGCUCCACCUGCUAAUAGGAGCAUGCAACCCCCACCCCCAGCUCCUCCUAUAAAAGCAAAAGAAGAUCUGAAACCACAACUCCCUGUGCCGCCCGCCAAAGUAAAAGGAGACCUGAAACCCCCAUCAUCGCCUGUUAAAACGUCCGACGACCCUAAACCCUCUCCAUUUGGUGCUGCACUAAAACCAACUCCUCCAAAAAAGAAUGACACAAAAUUAGACAAUAAACCAAAACCGCCUUCAUUGCCCAUGAAACCUCACAAUGAAAAACCCAAGCCUGUAGUACCAAUUAAACAGAAUGACAAUAAGCCUAAAGUUCCUGUGAAAACUUCAGAGCCAUCAAAUGAAAGCGAAAGCAGUGUUGCAGGAAUGGCAAGUGCUUUAAAAGCAAAGUUUGACAGUGUUAGCGUUGCCCCUAAACCUGCUACUAGUAACUUGAAACCAAAACCGCCAGUAAAAAGUAAAGUUGGAGAUGGUGGUGAACAAGCAGCAGGUAAUGUUGCUGGAUUAGCUGGGAUGUUGAAAGCAAGGUUUGAAGCAUCUGGUAAUGAAAAGCCUGAAACACAAACUCCAAAACCAAAUGUAAAUCCUAAAGUAACACCUGGGCCUCCGCCACCUAUUAAGAAACCUGGAUUUGGAAAUCCUAGCAUACCUUCAAAGCCAAGAAACUCUGGUCUAGGCCCUCCGAUGCCUACAAAACCUUGGGCGAAAAAGCCUGAAAAUAUGUCACCACCAACUACAAAUAGACCUUUAUCAACAAAAAGUAAUAUAGACAUGCCUAAACCAAGGAAAUCAGAAUCAAAUGAUGAUGAUACUGGGGCACAUAAAGUUAGUGACUUAGCAAAUGUCCUUAAAGCAAAGUUUGAAAAUAGACAAAAUGUAGGGGAUUCACCUGGAAAUGAAAUAGGUCAAAGGGCAAGUAAACCAUUACCACCUUCAAAAGCUGCAAUUAAACCAUUCCAGAAACCAGCACGGCCAUCCACCCCUCCAUCACCAAGGAGCAAUUUACGAAAAAAUCAAGGGAGACAACUUCCUUCUCCACCUAUUGCAAGAUCAAGUUCCUCUGGAAUCAAAGAUAAUGAUGGUUUGGAUCCAAAAAAAUAUUCAUCCCGCCCACUGCCACCACAACCAAAUCCUCCAGUUAAGAUGGACACAACAAGCAAACCCGCAGGGAAGGUAUUCCCAGCAUUACCAGUUAAACCAAAGUCUCCGGGUCCAGCAGCUCAUUUCAGAAGGGCAGAUUCAAGUGAGAGUAGUGAUUCUAAUGAUGAUUCUAAACCGGUUGGAGUUUCUAAUCUUGCAAAUGCAUUAAAAGCAAAACUUGGUGGUAAAGGGCCUGUUGUUCAAGAAAGCUCUUAUCUCACCCCAGCUGAUGAAGAGGUUAUAAAUAAUCUUAAAAGUGAUUCUGACAUUGAAAAUAACAAUGUAGGUAGUGAUAAUCUGUACUCUGCUAUUGCUGAUUUUGCAGGACAUAAUGAGGGAGAGAUAAGACUUGUGCAAGGCCAGCAGGUUGAACUUUUAGAAACUGCAGAGGGCUGGUCAUAUGUAAGUAUUGGAGGAAAUGAAGGCUGGGCACCAUCCACUUAUUUAGAGAAAGUAGGGCCUGGAACCAGUGAGGAACCAGGCAGUUGGACUGGUUCACAGUCUCUCAGUACAACACAGACUGUCUUUAAAGCUAAUGCGGAAUUUAUAGCAGAAAAUGAUGGUGAAUUAAGUGUAAGUGAAGGACAGGAUGUGAAUGUGUUAGACAAAGAGGAUCCAGACUGGUGGUUUGUUGAAACUGCAGGAAAUGAAGGUUGGGUCCCAGCAUCAUAUAUUGAAGAGGUCACAGUCUAGCAUUGUUAAAAUCCAUUAUUGAAGCCAGUCUUCUAAAGAAAAUUUGUUCAUUUAACUUUUAUUGUAAAAGAGACUAAUAUUCAAGGUUUUCUAAGCUCAAAAAUAUCCUGUUGGAUUUCUGCAUGCUUUUUUAUCCUUUUUACAUAAAUUUUUAUGAAAAUUAUGUAAAUGACUACAUGUUCAAAAAAUUGUAUUAAUUAUUUUUGAUGAAUUUACUGAUAAUAUUCAAUUAUAUCAAAUUUGUUUUAAGAAAAAUCAGGUUCCCUAAUGGUAAUUACAAUAUAAGUAAUAUAAAAAACAUUGUAACAUGUUCACCAUGGAAUACUAGCAUAUAUUGUAAGACAAGGGACAUUAUUCUGAAAGUUAUAUUUUUGGAGUAAUCUCUCUUUUAAAUUUAGACUAUUUUUGUUAAAAUUGGUGCUUGGUAAGUCAUUGCCUUUGUCAGAUGAGCGUUAACAAUGCUUUUGGUGAUCUUGUUUGUUGUUUUUUAUAGUUGAAAUAUAUAUUUUUGAUACCAAUAUAUUGUCCGGUCAUGUUAUAUCAUGAAGAGUGGAUGCAAAAACUUUUUUAAUUUGUUGCAUUUCGUAGGAGAUACAAAAUUCAAGAAUUUAUUAUACACUUAUAAUGAAAUUAUGAAAUAUUGUUGAAAUAAAAUGUGUAUUUUCAUUUUCCUUACUACUACUCUAAA